AUGGAUUUGGUAAAAGCGUAUGUCCACAGCGAUGAACAAUUGUCGAGUGAUGACGAUGAUGCCGCUAAUCCUCUAGAAAACUCGUUGCUAUAUUGUACGCAGGUAGCCCCGGACGUUGCGACGAAAAGCAUUCUGAAGCAGAUAGCUAUAGUUGAUCCGAGGACAAAAGAGUUGAAGACCAAUGCUACGUAUGAGCAGUUAUUUCAAUCAGAGGUUGGUCCUACUAAUCCUUUUAAAAGCGACAAUCAGAAAGCUCAGAAGAAUGUCCUUACAGGUUUUGUUGAACCCGCUCAUAUCAAUGAUUUUCAUUUUACUCGAGAGCUUCGAAGUUUCGAUACCCUUGGAUAUGCACGGAAUCCUACUGCUGAUAAAAGUCAUGAGUUUAUUGGAGACAAGGAGGCAGCUGUUAAAAGUCAAGGUGAAUCAUUGUUUGAUUCAAAGAAAACCGGAGGUGAGAAACGGAAACGAUUAGCUAACUUUGAUGCUUCAGAUAUCGAAGGAUAUACAGGGCCAUGGGCUAGAUAUAGCGAUGAGAAAACCAUUGCAAAGCCGGAUCCAGAACUGCAGAAAGAAAUGGAUGAAAUCACCAGAAAGCGGCAGGCCAACAGUCGACGAUUCAAAAGAAAACAGCAACAGCAGAAUGAAAACGCUGAGGAAACUUCUGUUUUGCACCUGAAGGAAGCUCAAGAUUAUCAGGGUCGUUCUUUCCUCGUACCACCGGCUUUCACUGGUGUGAAUUUACGGGCGGAUGCAGCUCCAGAGAAAUGUUUCAUUCCGAAGAAACAAAUCCAUGUAUACAAAGGGCACACCAAAGGUGUUAACUGCAUCCAAUGGUUCCCGAAAAGUGCGCAUCUUUUCCUUUCCUGUUCUAUGGAUACUAAAGUUAAACUUUGGGAAGUUUAUGGAAAACAUCAGGUUGUUCGUACUUAUUCUGGUCACAAGCUUCCCGUACGCGAGGUUGCUUUUAACAAUGAGGGAACAGAGUUCUUAUCUGCUAGUUUUGACAGAUAUAUCAAAUUGUGGGAUACCGAAACAGGACAAGUUAAACAGCGGUUUCACACGGGCCAUAUUCCGUUCUGUGUGAAGUUCCAUCCGGAUGAUGAUAAAAACCACAUGUUUCUUGCUGGUAUGCAGAACAAGAAAAUUGUCCAAUGGGAUUCGCGUAGUGGUGAGAUUGUUCAGGAGUACGACCGACACUUAGGGCCAGUAAACUCUAUUAUAUUCUUCGAUAAGAAUCGAAGAUUUGCCUCAACAUCGGAUGAUAAGUCUAUUCGAAUAUGGGAAUGGGAGAUUCCUGUCGAUACAAAACUAAUACAAAAUGUCGGUCUACACUCUAUUCCGACAAUGAACAAAAGUCCUAACGAAAAGUGGGUGGUCGGUCAGUCGAUGGACAAUCGCAUUGUGUUAUUCCAACUGAUAGACGAGAAACUUCGAUUCGCAAAGAAAAAAGCAUUCAGAGGACAUAACUCCGCAGGAUAUGCUUGCGUGACGGACUUCAGUCCGGAUAUGAGUUAUUUAAUCAGUGGAGAUGCUGACGGGAAGCUAUUCAUUUGGGACUGGAGAACGCAUAAAAUAGUGGCCCGAUGGAAGGCACACGACAACACCUGUAUCUCGGCUCGAUGGCAUCCGAAAGAGAAGAGCAAAAUCCUAACUGCUGGAUGGGAUAGUGUUAUUAAGAUGUGGACGUAG